AUGACAUCUGCUCAACCGGGAACACCGAUCAAAGUGCAAGAAGAUGCAAACUCGCCACAGAACUAUACUCUUCCACCUAAUACUGCGGUAUCGCGAUUCAUCUAUGUAUCGGAGAGUCUAUCUGGAGAACGUCGUCCUGUUUCUGGCUAUGUCUUGUGGCCUUAUAUGCCUCGUCUGGAUGCGAACGGCGGAAACCAAGUUGUUGCCUGGGCUCAUGGCACAUCAGGAACAACAGUCUCGACUGCCCCAUCCAAAAUUAAAAAUUUCUGGAACCAUUUUAUCGCUCCCUACCAAUUGGUUCUUCAGGGUUACGUCGUAGUAGCCGCGGAUUAUGCUGGUUUGGGUGUUGGUAAAGACCAGAAUAACCAGUCGAUUGCCCACGAUUUUUUUGCCUCUUCUAGUGUAGCUACCGACGUUGUCUAUUCUGUUCAAGCUGCAAGAAAAGCUUUUCCUCAACUUUCUGAGUCGUUCGUUGUGCUUGGACAUAGUCAAGGAGGGGGCGCUGCUUGGGGUGUCGCCCAGAAACAUGCUGUAUCGAAUAUUCCGGGUUAUCUCAGUGCCAUCGCCAUCUCUCCAGCCACGAGUGUUCUCGAUAACCCCGAGCCCUUCGAAAGCCUGAUAGCUGCAACCAUGGCUCCCGGAAUUGCGGCGUUGUAUCCGGAAUUCGACUACAAUGAAUUCUUUACGCCUGAAGGCCUAGAGCUGUUCAACAAAAUCGUCAAGCUUGAUUGCGCCUCUUCUACAACCAUACCAAUAUUACUCACGCUUGCUGGCAACUUACUAAAACCAGACUGGGCAUCUAAUGAAUGGCUUUUGAAAUACGACAAUCUGACUGCGAACGGUGGACGAAAGAUUUCUGGACCUCUUCUUGUAAUCCAAGGCGACAAUGAUCCAAUGGUCAACUAUAAUAACACGAUGAAAGAAAUUGGGGCUGCACUUGAUCUCUCUCCUACAUCUCAUGUUCAACUUUUCCGCCUCCCAGGGACCUCACAUACCCCUGCUGUUACAGGCUCUCAAAGACUAUGGAUGGAUUGGAUUGCAGAUCGAUUUGCUGGAGUUCAACUUCAACCUUUUGAUAAGAACUCAAGUUUUGCUAGUGUAGUCACUCCCGCCAGAAAUUUGUCAAACUACGUACCAGAACUUAAUUGGUUUAUUGGGCUUGCAACAGAAUCUUAUCAAACCCCAUAA